AUGGAUUUUGGGGUGGUGUGUAUGGACAUGGAUUGUCUGAUGGGUCCUGAACCCGGAGAAGGAGCAACAGCUCAUUCUCAUGUCUCAGGACCCGAGACCAAACCGGGUCAUGGAUCUGGGUUGUCUUUCAAGCAACAGAGAUCCUGGCCUGUUGAGGAUGCCUGGAGGGUCUCCAAGACCCCCAAACCCGACGACAUGUCGUCUCCGAGGACAAUGCCAUUGCCUCAGGAGCCUCCUCCUCAGCUCCUGAUGAGAUCUAGCUCUCUGGCUCCUCCAAGACAAGAGCAAAUGCUGAGCUUUGCCUCCAACAAAUCAGAUGUCACUUUUCUGAGCAAAGAUGGAGGAGCAAGCUCAGAUUUUGCAUUCUACCAGCGCAUGCCUGCUCCCUAUGCUAGAAAUGCAGGUUUUGGGUCUGGAAGCUUAAAUGCAAACAUGCAUGGGCCUUAUGCAGCGGCUAGAGGACCAUUUACUCCCUCACAGUGGAUUGAGCUAGAGCACCAGGCCUUGAUCUACAAGUACCUGAAUGCAAAUGCGCCUGUGCCAUCCAAUUUGCUCAUUCCUCUCAAGAAGUCCCUCUACCAUUAUGGCUUGUCUGGUCCCUCCCCCAACUCAUUAAGUUGGGGGUCUUUCCAUCUAGGAUAUUCUGGCAGUACUGAUCCUGAACCUGGGAGGUGCCGUCGAACGGAUGGGAAGAAGUGGCGGUGCUCAAGAGAUGCUGUAGCAGACCAGAAGUACUGCGAGAGGCACAUUAACAGGGGCCGCCAUCGUUCAAGAAAGCCUGUGGAAGGCCAGACAGGCCAUGGUGCCUCUAGGAGAGCAAAUUCAAAGGAAGUGGCGCCUCCGGUAACCUCAUCAAAGCCAACGUCUGUCAGUGGUACACUGCAGCCGCAGUUCAAAAGCUUGGAGCCUCCUCCUCCUGCUGAUGCUGCCGCUGCCAAUUCUUCUGUUGAUGCCUUUGCCAACAGAAUGCAAGAUCCACAGGGUUUCACUGUGAUGUCUGCUUCUAGCAUCAAGCCGGAAUCUAAUGCUUCAUGUUUUAGCGUCCCAAAACGAGAUUUCCCCAUGGUAGAAUCGUCGCAAUCAGAGUUUGGCCUUGUUUCUACUGAUUCACUUCUCAACCCUUCACAUAGGAGCUCUUACAUUCCCAAAGACUUUGGAGGUUCUUUCCUUGAUUUCACUGAUCAGGAAACACAAGAUCAAAAUCUGCUUCACCAGUUCAUCGAUGAUUGGCCCAAGGACCAGUCCAGUCAAUCAGUUGUUACUUGGCCUGAAGAUAUAAAAUCAGACUGGACUCGGCUCUCAAUGGCAAUCCCUAUGGCAUCCGACUUCUCCUCAUCCUCUUCCUCACCCACACAAGACAAGCUUGGACUCUCACCACUGAGGCUCUCUCGUGAGUUCGAGCCAACACAAAAUUUGGGGGUGAGCAAUGACCAAUGUGAACCAUCAGAUCAGCAAACAAAUUGGGUACCUAUCUCUUGGAGAAGUUCAAUGGGGGGUCCCUUGGGAGAAGUCCUAACCAACACCAGUAGCUGUGUGAACUCCAAGAACUCAUCAUCAAACACAUCACCACUAAACCUCUUGAAUGAAGGCUGGGACGGCAGCAGCCAGUUAGAGUCUUCCCCAACCGGUGUCCUGCAAAAGUCAACAUUCUGUUCACUUUCAAACAGUAGCUCAGGGUGCAGCCCAAGAGCUGAUAACAAGAAGAGUCAGGAUGGGGCAAGCCUCUAUGAUGAUGUGCUCGGUUCAACUUUAGGAAGCUCCUCAGUUCCAUCCCUGUAAAAAAACAAAGGAGUUGAAAGCUACAAACUGCGUGGGAAAUCAAGCAGCAACUAGGAGUGAACUCUAUCUGUGAUCUUGUUUGUUUCCUCUUUUUCUUGUUUCUCAUAUUUUCUUUUCUUGGUUACAAACUACAGACAUGGGUUUAUCCCAAUCUGCAUAGGGUAUUGGCCAGUUUGGCUAGUGUGGAUUUCAUGUUAUCCAAAGUUCAUCAUCAAUUUAAAUCAAUUUCUGCUGUGUU